UGCUAUAAAAAUCUCUACACGUUCGUGUCAUUUGUCGUUCCUCGUUCUACGGACUUUUUUCUCGUUGCCACCAUCUUGAUUCAACCUGGCUUCUUUGAAAAGUCUGUGAAUUGGGCUCGGUCAAUUCACUAACAAUUUUGUUAGUUUCUAACGUUUACGGCAUAUGCCCGUCAUCGAUUUCCACAUUUGAAGUUGGCUCUUUCCCUUCAUUCUGGGAGAUUGCUUACGGCUGCGGCAAAGAAGAAGAAGAACGGCAACGACGAAUCUUGGCAGCAAAGGAAGCACUUCAGAACAACAGGGAGUGAGAUCAACGGAAUGACAUUACCAAGCAGUGCACGAGUUUACACGGACGUUAAUUCGCACAAACCUCGCGAAUAUUGGGAUUAUGAAAACUACGUCGUGGAUUGGGCAAAUCAGGAUGACUACCAGUUGGUCCGAAAGCUUGGCAGAGGAAAAUAUAGUGAAGUGUUUGAAGCUAUCAAAAUUACCAACAAUGAAAAGUGUGUGGUGAAAAUUCUGAAACCAGUCAAAAAGAAGAAAAUCAAAAGAGAAAUUAAGAUCUUAGAAAAUUUACGCGGUGGCACGAAUAUUAUUACACUAUUGGCUGUAGUAAAGGAUCCAGUUUCGCGCACACCGGCGCUGAUUUUCGAGCAUGUGAACAAUACAGAUUUUAAACAGCUUUAUCAGACGCUAACCGAUUAUGACAUCCGGUACUAUCUGUAUGAGCUUUUGAAGGCAUUGGACUACUGUCAUAGCAUGGGAAUCAUGCACCGUGACGUAAAACCGCAUAAUGUAAUGAUUGAUCACGAGAAUCGAAAAUUACGGCUUAUUGACUGGGGUUUGGCUGAAUUCUAUCAUCCAGGACAGGAGUAUAAUGUUCGUGUUGCUAGUCGUUAUUUCAAAGGUCCUGAGCUUCUAGUCGAUUAUCAAAUGUACGAUUAUUCACUCGACAUGUGGUCCCUUGGGUGCAUGCUUGCCUCGAUGAUCUUCCGGAAGGAGCCAUUCUUUCAUGGACAUGAUAAUUAUGACCAGUUGGUGCGAAUCGCUAAGGUUUUGGGUACGGAGGAUUUGUUUGCAUAUCUCGAUAAAUAUAACAUCGAGUUAGAUCCGCGUUUCAACGAUAUUCUCGCGAGACAUUCUCGGAAGCGAUGGGAGCGUUUCGUGCACUCAGAAAAUCAACAUCUUGUAUCACCAGAAGCAUUGGAUUUCUUAGAUAAAUUGCUUCGUUACGAUCAUUACGAACGCCUAACAGCAAGAGAAGCUAUGGAACAUCCAUAUUUUGCAAUCAUUGUUAACGGUCAGAUGCCUCCUCCAUCGUCAUCCACGAAAGGGAGCAAUCAAUAAUAAUUGUAUUGUAACCACGUCAAACAACUACAAUAAAUGAAGAAGAAGAAGUAUAACACUUAUUAUUAAAUGGAGAAUAUUCCAAGUAAAGAUGACAAAACAAAACUUAUCAAGGUUGGAACAUGUACAUGUACCGGAAAAUUGCAUUAUCGUAG